AUGAUUCCGAGGAACGAGGUCGUGCUGUCUGUUUUGGGAGAGCUCCAGGAGGCCACGGAGAGCUCUGGCCUGGAUGCUCUGACCAGAGUGGCCCUGGAGGUGGACCAGGUCCUCGCUCCCUUCCAGCUUCCCAGUACCCCCUGUCAAGAGUUCCCUGAGUGGGCAGGCGUGGACGACACAGCUCACGGCCUGUACCCGGCUGAUGCACCCAGGGGCCUCCUGCCGGUAAACUGCAAGGGAGAAGGCAACUUGCUGUUUGAUGCAGUCAGCAUGUUGUUAGUGGGGAGCACAGGUCUUAGCUUGGAGAUACAGGUGCGGACCGUAGUGGAAAUGGUGCUGUGGAAGCGAUACUACCUGUCUGGGAUGAUUGAUUCUAAAAUGAUGCUCCAGGCAGUUCGCUUCAGUCUCUGUGCUGAAGAGUCCGAGGACAUGCUCAAUCUGCCCGUCACAGUCUUGGAGGCCAUCUUUGAUGCAGAUGUCAAAGCUUCCUGCUUCCCUGGCUCCUAUGCCAACAUGUGGCAUGUCUACGCCCUAUCAUCGGUCCUUCAGUUUGACAUCUACUCCAUCUACCCCAUGUUCAACCUAAAGAUCCGACCCUACUUCAACCGGGUCAUACGUCCAAGGACCUGGCCCAAAGACUCAGAGCCACAAACCCUCCACAUCAUGUGGUCCGGCGAAUUGCAGUCUGACGGCUUGUUCAGGCCAAAUAAUUUUGUCGCACUAGCCCAGGCCACAGAUCUCACGUUUGGAAGUCCUGACAGUGAGCAGAGGGCAUCCCCCAUCAAGAGUGAGGAGCUGCUGAACCAGGACUCGCAGCUUUCUUACCCGAGUCUGAAGGACAAGUACAACAUCACCAAGAGGACCUUCUACCGCUGGAAGAGGCAGACACAGGAGCACUGCAAAAAGUCCGCAGCUAGGUAUGAGGCCAAGUAUUUCCUUCAAGCUUGUUACUUGGAGGGAAAGCUCAUCCCUCUGCACCAGUUCAAGGAGUUUUUCCCUGAGAUCUCAAGGUCGUCUUACUAUAACUGGAAGCAUGAGCUUCUGAAGUCUGGAGGAAACUUCUCCACCUCAUCUUCAACUGGAGAGAUCAGUCCUGGAGAGAGUACGGAGCAGGAGGCCUGGUCUUCACCUGAAGCAAAGCAGGAUGAGCCGGACCACCAUGACAGCGUGGCCAGUAUGUUUGGCCUCAGCCUUGGCAAGUUGGACCUAGAGCGGGCCCAGAAUGUAACACAUAUGCAGGAAGCUAAACGUUGUCUGCAGAAUUGCAUCGCGGUGAAUGCCUCCCUCCCCUUCAGGGUCUUCAAAAGAAAUUUCCCUGGGAUCUCCAGAUCAACCUACUACAACUGGAGGAGAGAAGCCAUGCUGUUCAGCAGAGGUUACAAAGGCAGUGUUGGCAGCAGCGAGGACAGCUCAGAUGCUGACAAGAGUCAAAGUCCGAAAAGUCUGUCACCAGUCCUGCCUAACAUCCACCAGGCUGCCAUGCCCAGAAUGAGGAUCUGCCGGCGAAAACACAGAAGUUUUAGGCUGGCGUACAUGAGUAAAAAACAGCUCAGAGAUGCUGCGAAGCUGCAUGUCCAGAAAUCAAAGUGGUCCCUGACGAAGUUCAAGCUCAAGUUCCCGUCCAUGUCCCCUUGUUUCUACUGGCUGUGGCGCAGCAGGCAGAACCGCAAGAAGAAAAUGGUCGUCCAGUGUGCCGACGUCCUCCCUGAGAUUCCGCAGAGCACCACGACAGAAAACAAAAUUACGGAGAGGAGGGUGGAGAGUCAGUCUAUGCUCCCAUUUGUUGAGAGCCCUAGAUAUCGAGAAAGCUCCCCCGUGCCCUCUUUUGAUGCCCCACAUUCAAAGCACACCCUUCUCGGCAAGGCACCAAUAGAUGAGCAGAUGUUUGCAAUGGAUGUUGUGGCUCUGGCCAACUUCAAGGCCAAGGCCAAGCUUUUCCUUCAGCAACGCUUUGAGGAAAAAUCCUUCCCUACGUUUAAAGAAUUCCGGUCUUACUUCCCCUUCACUCCACGCUCGACCUACUACAUGUGGAAGCGAGCUUUGCAUCAUGGGGUGUCACUGGUUCAUGGAUAA